CAGACAGUCUAGACUGGAUUUAUGAUGAAUUUAAGGUUAUCUUCACAGACAAAAAAGAUUUUCUUUCAAAACUAAGGACAUUUCUAAGUGACCCUAAACUUUGAUCGGUAUUUAAUCUCAACAAACUACUUUAAUUUCGACAGUUAAAUAAAAUGAAAAGGUUGCUUCCUGUUCCUCAAAGAGCCACAGAACAAUGCAGUCUAUCCGGUCAGAUGUCAGAUAGUUUCACUUCUCAGUGAUACAGGAACUAAACGCCUCAACAGACAAACGGCAGCAAGGAGACAGGAGAAGAAGACGUGUAGAGCAAACUUCAGGAGCUGCUUUUCAACCCGGCAAAUUCACCCUGAACUUCAGAGGAGCUGCUGUUUGCUCUACAGGGGACCCGACAUCAUGCUUCCAGCUGUGAUAGCACUGCUCAUGCUGCUGUCCUGCACAUCUGGACAAAAUCCUGCCAUACAAGUCAUCCUGACCAACAAGGGACUGCAGUAUGGAAAGCACACAGGAGUAGGACUGAUCCAGGAGAAGCUGGAGAGCAUCACCCUCCCCGACAUCAGCGGCGAGGUCGACAUCAAAAUAGGCAGAGUUCACUACACGCUAACAGGCAUCGCAGUAAAACAGUGCGACCUUCCUGAGCCGUCUGUUCAGUUCUUUCAGGACGCUGCAGGGUUUAAAACGUCCUCUUUAGGUCUGAAUGCUGCUCUAGCAGGAGGGUGGAGGACGCGCUUUGGAAUAAUACACGAUGGAGGAUCCUUCGACAUGACGAUGUUUGGUGUGGAUGUGACGUCUGUGGUGGGGCUGGGCAAAGAUCCUGACGGCCAUCUGUUCAUCACCAGCAUCAGCUGCGAUGCUGUGGUUGGAGACGUGAACAUUAAUUUCCACGGUGGAGCCAGUUUUAUGUUCCAGCCCUUCGUACGUUAUUUCAAGGGUAGAAUCAGGAAUGAAAUCCAGUCUGGGAUCUGCUCUGCUGUGAACGGAUCUGUGGAAAAACUGGAGCUCCACCUGCAGGCCAUGAACGUUUCUUUUGAUGUGAAUGAAGUUCUGACUCUCGACCUUCCUCUCACCGGCACACCGAUCAUCGAUGCUUCAAGACUGAAUCUAGGCCUUAAGGGAGAGUUCUACAGCAUCAGAGCUCAUAAGGAGCCUCCGUUUAAGGCCCAGCCCUUCACCAUGCCUCAGCAGCCAGACUUCAUGCUGUCAGUGGGUCUGUCUGACUUCACUCUGAACUCGGCUUCUUAUGGAUACUACUCAGACGGACUGCUGCAGAUCCUCAUCGACGACAGCAUGAUCCCUCCUACUAGUCCUAUACACCUGAACACAACCUACAUGGGAAUGUUCGCCCCUCAGCUUCCUGAGAAGUUUCCUGGUCUGCUGAUGGAUCUGCAGGUUUACGCCAGAGAAGCUCCGAUGUUCUCCUUCCAGUCUGGAGCUGCUAAACUCAUCUCUCUGGUCGACGUGAAGGCCUUCGCCAUUGAGCCCAACGGCACCCAGGUCCCGCUGUUCAAACUCAACGUGGACUCUAAAUUCAGCACCAAACUGUGGAUCUCUGGUGGAAGUCUGAAGGGCUCCAUGACCAUGGAUAACUUUACUGUGACUCUGGCAGCGUCUGAAGUGGGACAGGUUAAGACUGAUGCUUUGGAACGCUCGUUGACGGUGGCGAUUAAGGCGACAGUUUUACCAAAAGUGAACGAUGCACUGAGCAAAGGUUGGAUUUUACCCAGAAUGAAACACGCCCAACUGGUCAACUCAGUCCUGAAGAUGGAGGAGGGAUUUCUGGCCGUCUUGUCGGACGUGGAGGUUCUGCUCACAGACAGAAGAUUCAACUGAUAGACCAUGAAAGACGGGAACUCUUCAUCUCAGACUUUAAACUGAACUGGAUGAGUCUGUUUCUGCUUUCACAUGGGGAGGAUAACGGUAUUUAAUAAUGAUCAUGACGCCGCGCUGUGCGUCACAUCAUCAGACCCCCAGCUCAUUUAAUUCACACACCUACAGCCUUCAAUCAUUAAACCUACAGUUAGACCUGAUAAAUGUUCAGAAUGUCAAUAAGCACUGCCCAAAAUCUGUUUUCUUUAUAAUAAUGAAUGGAAUUAAAUAUUUUACCAAUCCUUUA